CAUUCCACUUCAACCCUCACGAUACAGACAAACAAGAGAAAGCUAGCUACAGCCUACCCCAUUCCGCAGCUGGUUAAAGAACUCACCUAAAAUUCCCUGCGCAAUCAAUAAUAACUAACAGGGGUGCUACUAGAUGAGAAGGAGCUCCUCAUUUAAACCUCUCACUCUCUCCAACUACCUUUGUCCUCAGUUCACCCAUCGCUUUUAUGAUUCCCCACCUCCUCCUCUUCUUCCUCUCCUCCGCUCCCCCUUCUCCUCUUCUCAGUCGCGCCUUCUUUCCUCAUCACAAUCCGGUACAUUCAUGGAGGUGGUAAAAGCAACUUGUAGGCAGGGAUCUGCUGUGCGGGAUUCAAUUGCCAUCAGAGCUGAUCAAAGGAGAUAUAGUUACACGCAACUUGUGUCUUCUGCAUCACAUAUAUCCAGGCUGUUGGCUAGUUUUGACUUGAAAAAUAAUCAUGAAGCUAAGAAUCAUGAAAAUUCUCUUCUUGGGGGAGCUCGGAUAGGUAUUGUGGCUAAACCUUCUGCUGAGUUUGUUGCUGGAAUACUUGGAACUUGGUUGAGUGGAGGUGUUGCAGUUCCACUUGCACUCAGCUAUCCAGAAGCUGAGCUUUUACAUGUGAUUAAUGAUUCGGAUAUAUCCAUUAUAUUGAGCACCGAGGACUAUCUUGAGAUUUUGCAAAGUGCUGCUGCUAAAAGUAAAGUGCAAUGUUCUCUCAUUCCUCCUGUUCCUAGCAUUUCAUCAUCAACAGAUGCACAUUAUCAAUCACAGCUUGGAGAAGUUGAUGUGGAUGAAAGUCUGAUGGCUGAGGAUCCAGCAUUGAUUAUCUACACUAGUGGUACAACUGGUAAACCUAAAGGAGUAGUUCAUACUCACAAAAGCAUAACUGCACAGGUCCAAACACUGACAGAAGCUUGGGAGUAUACAUCUGCUGAUCAGUUUCUUCAUUGUCUACCGCUACAUCAUAUCCAUAAAAACAUUUAUUGAAUUUUUAGCAACUAUUCCAUAUAAUUAUGGGCCUAUUAUGCUUCCCAUUUCUGCUGGCAUGACCAUCAGUAGUGCAACAUACAAGAUUCCUGAGUCGAGUUUUGUUUCUUUUUUCACAAUCCUUAACUCAUGAUAUACACGUUCAUGGACUUUUCAAUGCUCUUCUAGCUCCAUUAUAUGCGGGUUCCAUGGUUGAGUUUAUGCCAAAGUUCAGUGUAAGAGGAAUCUGGCAGAGAUGGCGUGAAUCAUAUCCAAUAAAUGGGAUGAAGGCUAGUGAUGCUGUUACUGUUUUUACAGGCGUUCCAACAAUGUAUACUCGAUUGAUACAAGGAUACGAUGCAAUGGAUCCAGAGCUACAAGCUGCAUCUGCUUCUGCUGCAAGACAGUUGCGUCUUAUGAUGUGUGGGUCCUCCGCGCUCCCACAGCCUGUCAUGCAAGAAUGGGAAAGCAUCACAGGACAUCGCCUUUUAGAACGGUACGGCAUGACUGAGUUUGUCAUGGCAAUAUCAAAUCCCUUAAGGGGUGCGCGGAAGGCAGGAACUGUUGGCAAACCAUUUCUGGGUGUGGAGGUCAGGAUUGCGGAAGAUAGGAGUGGAGGUGAUGGAAUGGGAGUGGGUGAGCUCUGUGUUAAAAGUCCUUCAUUAUUUAAGGAAUACUGGAAACGUCCUGAGGUCACUAAGGAAUCAUUUACUGAUGAUGGAUUCUUCAAGACUGGAGACGCUGGCAGAGUGGAUGAAGAUGGGUACUAUAUCAUUUUGGGACGAACUAGUGCUGAUAUUAUGAAGGUUGGUGGAUACAAACUAUCUGCCUUGGAAAUCGAAUCAGUUCUUUUAGAGCAUCAAGAUGUUGCCGAAUGUUGUGUGUUGGGCCUACCAGACAAGGAUUAUGGAGAAGCUGUCACUGCAAUAUUGGUACUGGAGUCAGAAGCAAAAAGAAAACAAGAGGAAGAGAAGAAACCUGCUUUGAGCUUGGAUGAACUAUGCACCUGGGCUAAGGACAAACUUGCACCCUACAAGCUACCAACUCGUUUAAUCUUGUGGGAAUCAUUGCCUCGCAAUGCUAUGGGAAAGGUUAAUAAAAAGGAAUUGAAGAAAUUGCUGGCUGGUGAGCAGUAAAUAUUUCAAAAGAAAGGAAGAAAAAUGAAAUGCAAUUCUGAGGUUUGGAGGUCCGAUUUCAGAGUUGGAAUUCAGAUGAGGAACUUAAGAUGAUCCCCUUUCUUCUUAUUUGUGAUGACAUUAUACUAGUAACCAUGACCCCAUGAUGCGGUUAGAACUCGUUUUAAGUUAAAAAUUUUGUUUAAUUUAUGUUGUCGUAUUGUGUUCUGUAUAUUCUUGCAAGAUCAUUGACAGAAUUUAGGAGGGUUUUGAAAUGGAGUUAUACUGCUUACUAUGGAAGAGGAGAGAGAAAGGUACAGUCAUCCACCAUGAUCUUGCGUCGGUAAUAAAUAAUAGUGUAGGAGAAAACCAUUUCAUACUGGUCUAUAUUUUGUACAGGUUUCAAUUCAGUUAUUGUGAUUGAAGCAUCUGGGCUCUCGGUCCAAAUGGUUGUGUUUGGAACCUUUGUUCUGUCAGCCAUUUAGAACAAAAACAAGAGAGCAGUGCUAGGUGCACUCGCCUCUUGCACUCUCCGGCUAACAGUUCAUUGGGCCACGUAAGCUUGUUUCAGACUUUGAAGUGCAACCUCUUGCCGACGAGAAUAACGUGGCCCAAUAAAAGUGAAAGUGCUGGCCGGAGAGUGCAGAAGGCGAGUGCCCCUAGCACUCCUCAAAACAAAGAACUCCAUUCAGAUAAUGAUAAACCAUACAAGCAGAAGUAGCCUUUUCUGACUGUAUUACUUGCAUAUGCUUAGGCCAAUUGGACUAGAUCUAGAAGUAGAAUGGGUGUGUACUGUCAUUAAUUAUUUUGUUAAGGCUUUUAAUUUGAUUGUUGAGAAUAAUUAAUAAGGUUUUUA